CAGGAAAGAGGUACGGCUGUCAUUUAAUUUUAACAAACAUCGCCUAGUUUCCCUGUUGUAUAGUGGAUGUUUUCUCAUUACUACAACGGCACAGCAGCAAGAAACGGCUAUACAUAAUUCUCCAAAAUAAGAAGUGAAACAACUGUGAGAAGGGCACAGUUGAACCACAGGCACCAACUUGUCAUUCUGUCACUUUCGUCCCAGACUGCCUGACCUGCUAUACGGUGAUUGACAUGGCAGCCAAUGGAGCAAGCUGUGAACAGCCUCAGAAACGUGCAGGACCUAAAGACAAACAGAAUGGCAAGUCUCCAGACUCAUCAAUAAGAGAGAGAAGACAGAAAGAUAAAGAGGAGCGUCUCUCUCUGGUGUUAUGGAGGAGGCCUGUCAUCACAUUACAUUACUUCCUCCUGGAGACCCUCAUCAAGCUAAAGGAGUGGACGUUUAAGCUUUGGCAGCGACGAGUCAUAGUGUUCUUAUUUUUGGUGUUAUGUUCUGUGUUCUCCAUCGCGUACUCCACGGAGGGAGCACACCAACAAUAUGUUCAAUACCUGGAGAAGAAGUUCCUAUGGUGUGCCUACUGGGUAGGCCUUGGUAUCCUGUCCUCAGUAGGCCUUGGGACUGGCCUGCACACCUUUCUUCUUUAUCUGGGUCCUCACAUAGCAUCAGUAACCCUGGCUGCAUAUGAGUGUGGCUCCACAGACUUCCCAGAGCCUCCAUACCCAGACCAGAUUGUCUGUCCCCAAGGUGGAGUGGUGGAGGGAAGCAUCUCCCUCUUCUCAAUCAUGUCAAAGGUCCGCCUGGAGGCCUGCAUGUGGGGUGCAGGUACUGCCAUCGGAGAGCUGCCUCCAUACUUCAUGGCCAGAGCAGCUCGUCAGUCAGGAGCUGAUCCAGAUGACGAAGACUACGAGGAGUUUGAGGAGAUGCUCGAGCAGGCUGAGGGGGCUCAGGAUUUUGUCACAAGAGCAAAACUGGGAGUCCAGCAUAUGGUGCAGAAAGUGGGAUUCUUUGGGAUCUUGGCUUGUGCCUCAAUCCCUAAUCCCCUCUUCGACCUGGCUGGAAUAACCUGCGGCCACUUCCUGGUUCCCUUCUGGACCUUCUUUGGUGCAACUCUAAUUGGGAAAGCCAUCAUCAAGAUGCAUAUACAGAAACUAUUUGUUAUCAUUACCUUCAGCAAGCACAUAGUGGAGCAAAUGGUGUCACUCAUUGGGUCUGUGCCCAAAGUAGGACCAUCAAUCCAGAAGCCCUUCAGUCAGUACCUGGAAGCCCAGAGGAACAAACUGCACCAUGCUGGAGGAAGUGCACCAGCGGAUGAGAACUGGCUGUCAUGGGUGUUUGAGAAGGUGGUGCUGGUCAUGGUCUGCUACUUCGUCAUCUCCAUAGUCAACUCCAUGGCUCAGAGCUACGCCAAGCGGCUGCAACAGCAGAGGCACUCUGAGGAGAAAACCAAGUGAUGACUAGACAAAAGCAGUACAAACAUCCAAGUGACUGUGUUUCUGCUGCUGCUGAGAGCCCUGCACUCAGCCCCAGCCACUCACAACUUAACAACAAACCUCACCCUCAUCCAUUCUCAAAGAGGUUGAAUGCUCAGAAAAAACAAAACAAAAAAAAACAAAAAACAACCAGGCACUAUUUGUUGGCGUGUGUGCUUUUGAGGAUGUAUGUUACUGUUAACUGUUCGUCCGUCUUCAGGUUUUGUAGUUCUUCCUUUCAUCUCACUCUCUAGGUGUGUGUAGUGCGAUUGGUUCUACUGUUGAUCUUAACAAGCUACUUACGUUAAAUUAAUCCAUUCAUUGACCUCAGAAGUAAAGCAGCGGUUUGGUGGUGACUGCUGUGUACGGGCAGUGCCCAUCAGAUGCUACGCCUUAUGCAAGACGGGAAGGUCCAACUUCCCUUGAAUAUAGUUCUUGACUUAUAGACUUGAUUUUUAUUUAAUUUUGUAACAAUUGUAUGGAUGGAUCUUGAUUUGUUUGUACAGUGUGCUGCCAAGAUAACUGCGAUGGAUGGUCUUUUCUUUUCAGGGUUUAAUUUUUCCUCAUGUAUUUGUCCUGUUAAACAGUAAGACCAAUUUGUCUCCUUUUGUUUCUGGAAUCCUCAUUUUAAAAUGGUGGAAAAAAAGCAAUAUCAACUUAAGACAGAGUGGUAUUGAUGGUUUGCACAUUGUGUAAAUAUCUUAAUAUCUUUUUUGACAGUAUGCGCAGAUGUAUUUCUAUUCUAAUGGUCUGUGUGGACAUGAACCAAAACACAAAAGGUGAUAUCAUUUGUAAAGUGACAUUGUACUCCCAGCUAACUAGUCCCAUUUCUAUUCUGUACAUUUAGGUUGAACCUUGGAUCAGAUCAUAUAUAAAACAUGUAAAUCAUG